AGGACAGACCUGGCACCACAACAACAAACACAGAAGACUGAUCUCACUUAAUAUAAAUGAGGAAACAGUAAACAGCCGGGAAUUACACAGCCACUAACAAGUCAACAACAUUCCAACACACAAGCAGCAGAAACUGCAUCUGCAGCUUUAAGAAAACACGAGGACAGGAGAAGAAUGUUUUAUGAAUUACCGUGCUACCUAACACUCAGCCAAAACAUCUGGGCUUCUUUGGGGAGGCUCCAUCUCUCCAUUUCACAUACCACAGCCCUGGAGAAAGAAACCUAGCGCCUGCGUAGCAGAGCAAUCCUACUGACCCGCUUCUCCAGAUAACUAGCAGCCUGCAACAGCACCACACUGUUAACAACAUGGGGAGACUCUCUCACUCACAUCCACUUCCAGCACUGGGCAGAGUAACCAGAAAAGGUAUCCUCCUGUUCUUUGUCUUCGCUGGAUUGAUAUACUUCCUGAAGGGACUUUUGCAGCAGAAAACCUCAUCAGAAAACCUUUCGAUUCAUCUCCCUGGCCAAGCUACAGGAGAAGAGGUAGAAUUCUCCCCCAAUGUCACCCCCUGGGGAGCCCCUAUUGUGUGGGGAGACAGCCCGGAGUCACAGAUCAGAAGGCAGAAGUUCACAAACAGGGCUGUCACCACAGGCCUGGCAGUGUUUGUCAUCGGGACAUACGCACAAUACCUCCACAAGUUCAUCAUCUCUGCCGAGGAGUAUUUUCUGCCAGAACAUUUUGUCACUUACUACAUACUGACUGACAACCUGCGAGGGAUCCCUGCGAUUACUCUGGGAUCUGGUCGAGAAAUCAAACCGUUUUAUAUCGCUGAGAGGCCGGACUGGGUUCAUUUGUCGAAAACGAGGAUGUCUCUGCUGAGCAGUGUAAUCAAAGAGCUGAUCCAGGAUGAGGUGGAUUAUAUCUUCUCCAUGGACGUGGACCAAGUGUUUGUAAACCCUGUGGGCUCUGAAAUCCUGGGAAGCCUUGUGGCCACUUUGCACCCGGAAUACUACAACCAGCCUUUGGACACGUAUCCUUAUGAGAGGACUGAGGACUCCAAAGCCUACGUUGAUGGCUCCGAAGGGGAUUACUAUUACACUUCGGAGCUCUAUGGGGGCUCGUGUCCUGAGGUUUAUAAGCUGGCGUUAACUUGUUCCCAGUUCAUCAUCCAGGAUAUGGAGAUUAGCUUCCAUGCAUUCCUAUUCGAGGAGAGCUACCUAAACCGCUACCUGAUCCAGAACAGACCUACUAGACUCCUUUCCCCAGAAUACAACUGGCUGGCUGCUCAGAAGACAUCUGAGGAAAUCCAAGUGAAGAGGAUUCUUUCUUUGCAGAGAUGAAGGGCGUAUUUCUGGUGGCACACAUGGACUAAGGCACGUAGGGCACUGCAUUUAAAUGAUGUAUCUCAGUACGCUACACAACAAACCCUUGUUAUUAGAGCACGUGUCACGACAUAAAAAACUUGGGAUUAAAAUGGUUUUACUCAAUGGCCUCCACAUAGGAUACAACUGCAGGUCCGCUCCUCUUUACUAGCUUCUUCUGCAAAGACGCCAAGCCAACUGUCCAAAUGAAUUUCGUCUUUCUUCAGUAAAAAAAAAACAAAAAAACAAAUAAAAAUCCUGAAACAAAUGAUUGUGUCCUGAUUCUGAAUUGUUAGAAUAUAGUAGAUUUUUAAGGAUUGAUAGUGGUCAUGUAAAUUUGUUUUAGAUUUGACAUUGACAAUUUAAAAAAAAAUACAUUGGAGUUUACAUCUGAUUUUGAAUCAAAUUCUGUUAGACAGCAGGCUUUCUCUCAACAUCUCUACACUUAUUGCAGAACAAAUUUUUUAAACUACAGCUGAGCAGAUACCUCCAUACAUCCCCAGAAUAUGCCUCUCAAUAAAAAGCAAAAUAACGCUGGAACCAAGUUUCAUGUCAACUGGAUGCGUGAUACAUGGACACAUCUAAAGUGUGACACUUGUACCGACAUACAUACACCACUGUAUCUCCUUUAAAGGGGAUUGUAAUGGAAAUAAUAAUUAGAAACACGAGAGAUCCCCAACAAUAACACUAAUGAAGAUUUCAAAAGCACUAGAAAGUAUGUUUUUGUAUUUUAAAAGAAGAUUUUUCUUCAGCAGUUGUUCAUAGUUAACAUUUUCUCACAUUGUGGUUUUUACAUGAGCAGUAACUGAAUGUCUAGGGCAGUUAAUGUACAAAACAGUGGGAUCUACUUUAGCAGCUAAUAAAGCUAAGUGUUGUGGUCAAUCUAAUCUACUAACUGCCUCAAAAUAGGGGCUUGUUUUACUUGCAAGGUUUAAUAAUUAAUUUCUACCAGAAUUAACUGCACACCACUUGGUAUUUAAUACUGAAUUUGAGGAAAGCAAACUACUGUUUUGUCCUAUUUGGAUAGUCACAAAACUUUUAUAACCAGCUUCAUUAAUACCAAAGUAAAAGAAAAUCGUUAUUCAUCAUUUAAUUACGAAAUCCAUCCUAGUACAAUAUUUGUCAGGGAAAUGCAAUUAAA